UGGAAUACGUCGCACGGCACUCACUUUGAUACAUGCUACUUCAAAACACAUUUCCGCUUCUACCUGAAUAUUUCAGGUAAAUUAUCUUUGGUAUUCGGGUAUCGAAUCUACACUUUGGUCAAAAACACGGAUACUGUCUGAAUAAUCAUCAUGUCACAUGGGUACCCGGCCGGGUACCUCAAUUCUCGCGGCGACAGCUGGUCGGAGGCAGGAAGCGAGAUGGAGAUGAACCGCUACCCAUCACAACAUAGCAUGGCAAGCUAUGGGCCAUCUAGCUACUCCUAUGUGUCUGGGAGCAGGAAGAGUCUGUACUCCACCUACACCAGUUAUGCCCCUUCGCAAAUCUCCUACAUGUUGCCCAUCGUCACCAAGCAACCAAACCCAGAGAAGAAACCUGCAGACCACUGGGGCUUUGCUUUCUGCUCACUCUUCAUCAACCCUUUGUUUGGAAUCUUCGCUAUCCUCCUGUCAGAACAGUCAAAGGUCUACUUCAGUCGACUGGAUUAUGUGAAGGCAUCAAAGUAUGGGUCCUACGCCAAGGGUGUUGCGGCUGCAGGGAUUGUGUCCAUGUUCGUGCUGUUGAUUCUCAUCCUGGCCCUUGUCCUCAAUGAAUACUUCAAGUACAGAUACUGACCAACACAGACAAUGGUGUUUAAUGUAUGUGAGGGAUUUUUAAUUGUUCUCUUGAAACAUAGAGAAAGGUUUUAGCCAAGAUGUGUAAAUAUGCCAAUCUCACUUUAAUGGAAUUACUAAUUUAGAUCAACAUUAUUUCCUGUACAUAGGCAUGUAUUGAAGAUGAUUACUAUAUACAGUUGGUAUAUUGUUCUCAUGAAUUUUCAGAUGUACAUUCCGAUCAUAUACUUGUAUAUGUAGUAUAUAUUCCCAGUAUACAUGGCUGUAGUAGACAGUUUAGCAAAAUGUGUUUUCACAAGACCUUCACUAAAUGUCUUUUUCCUAAACUGAACGAAAUUACUUAUUUUUGGGGACAUUUGUACCCAAGUUGUAAUAUGAUUAAUAUAUAGGAAUACAGACUUAUACAUUUAAGAGUUGAAAGGAUAUUGUAAGAUCAUUUACAUUCCAUAAAAAAAAUGUAUUUGAGACACAAAUAUACAAUAAUUUCAUCAAUGUAGUUUCACAUUAUGCAUGUGAAUAGUUCCCCCAGCUAGUUCAUGGUGCUAAUUACAGUAAAUACGGUAUUGGUAGUGCCAUCCCCUUACUUGAAAGUGAAGAAUUGGUUCUUAUUGCAUCUGCCACUGAAACUGAAUCUGUCCUGUCUCCAUGGAGGACAGAUUUAUACUCAGCUGGGAGACAUCAGGAAGGAGUUAUUAUUAUGUCAACUGAUGACACACAUACAUCAGUUUCAUUAUUACUCAAAGUUUUAUUCAAGAUUUUAAAACAACAGAUGGGUGUACUUCCAUAUUAUUAUUUCUGUGUUUUACAUCUUUUUUUAAACAUUUCACAACCGAUGAUUGUGCAAAGGGAGACAACCCAGCUCCACCUGUCGUCACUGACCAAGGAUCAGAAGUAUGAGGAACAGCCUCGAUUAUCCAGUGUUAUGUUUCUCCUUUCUCUUGUGAUGAUAAUAGAACAGAGAUAUACGCCACUGGAUGAACAAAGUUGUUGGGUCAGUGACUAUAGCACUAUAUGUAAGAACCCAUCCCUUUUCAUAAUGGAUAGUGUACAAUCUCUUUGGCUAGAGACAAGUUAUUUGGACAUCCUGGCCUGUUGGUUAAUAAUGCAUCCGUGAUGAAAACCUUGAUAUCAUACAUUGUAUAUAGUCAUUAUCAUCCAUGGUAUUGAGAUACUGAUUUUUAUAUAGAUACGAAUCAUAAGUUUCAUUCAUAUAUUGUUUAAUAUUAUUACAAAUAAACGUAAGAUUUUUAA